UCCCUCCUCCUCACUCUGCCUUCACUGGAUCCUGCUCUUUCGAACUGAUCGGAACAAAUGUAGCCACCCACCUCUAGGAGGAAAACUGAGCUGCAGCCCUGGUGAAACAUAAAGUUUAUUUGACUAAAGUGACGCAAAAAUUCUUAAAGAGCUCUUUGGCAGCAGAUUAUCUGGAAAUCAGACCAUGUGAGGGGGAUUGGUGUACAAAAACCUCACCAAGAUGCUGAGUUGCCCACAGGCUGAGUUCCCGAGACUCUGAAGUAAAUGUGGGUGAAGGUUACUCGAGCUUGGAUAACUCCAAGGAGAGCGCUUCAAACCGACCCGAAAGACAGAUGGUGUUUGUGCCUUCAGUCUGAUGGAUUUAAAUACGGAAGAGGAAUUCUAAAAUUCCUGGGAAUAAAAGCGUGGGAAGACAAGCCACAAGGGGACUCUGUGCCGCUGUCUGUCUGCAAGUGAUCAGAACAAAUCUCAGAAAAAAAAUGGAAAAAAAGGCAACAAGCAAUGAGACUGAGCCACUGACUUCCAAGAAAGAUGUCUCAGACUGUAACGAAGGAGAAGAUUGUAAAGAGAACGGACUUCUGGUCAGGAACCCUAAAUCUGCCCUACGGCUCGUGGAGGAUGGCAAUAAAGUCCAUCCCAGCCAGGGAGAUAAGGGGGGGGCAGCUCAGAUCUCAAAUGGUUAUUCGGCGGUUCAGAGCUCUGUUCCCUGCAAUGGGAUGGGGGAGAUGGAAGAUGCCCAGUGCACUGCCCCAGCAGCCACAACCACCACUACAACCACCACUUCCACCACCUGCGGAGCAGAAGGCCAGCAGCAGCUGAUGGAGCUAGAAGACCGAGAGACCUGGAGUAAAAAAAUUGACUUUCUGCUCUCUGUCAUUGGAUAUGCAGUGGAUCUGGGAAAUGUGUGGAGAUUUCCUUAUAUAUGCUAUCAAAAUGGAGGAGGAGCAUUCCUCAUUCCUUACACAAUUAUGGCCAUCUUUGGAGGGAUUCCUCUCUUCUAUAUGGAACUAGCACUAGGACAGUACCACAGGAAUGGGUGUAUUUCAAUUUGGAGAAAAAUAUGUCCUAUAUUCAAAGGAAUUGGCUUUGCCAUCUGUGUAAUAGAUCUUUACGUAGCCUCCUACUACAACACCAUUAUGGCUUGGGCCUUUUACUACCUCGUAUCCUCCUUCACGGCGGAGCUGCCAUGGACUAAGUGCACAAACGCUUGGAACACAGGCAACUGCACGAACUACUUCAGCAAGGACAAUGUCAGCUGGUCCCAGCACUCUAUCUCUCCCGCAGAAGAAUUUUAUACCCGCCACGUUCUACAAGUGCACAGGUCCAAUGGGCUGGAUGACCUGGGGGGCAUUAGCUGGCAAUUGACCCUCUGUUUAUUGUUAAUCUUCACCAUUGUAUACUUCAGCAUCUGGAAAGGGGUCAAAACAUCUGGCAAGGUGGUAUGGGUGACUGCCACAUUCCCUUACAUCAUACUCUUCAUCCUGCUAGUGAGAGGUGCAACUUUGCCUGGGGCUUGGAGAGGUGUCCUCUACUACUUGAAACCUGACUGGCAGAAACUCCUGGCCACUGAGGUUUGGGUGGAUGCAGCAGCUCAGAUUUUUUUCUCCCUUGGUCCAGGCUUUGGGGUCCUAUUGGCUUAUGCCAGCUACAACAAAUUCCAUAACAACUGCUACCAAGAUGCUCUGGUUACCAGUACCGUGAACUGUGUGACUAGUUUUGUGUCUGGAUUCGUCAUUUUCACUGUGCUGGGAUACAUGGCUGAGAUGAGGAACGAAGAUGUAUCAGAAGUUGCCAAAGACACUGGACCCAGCCUUCUCUUCAUUACGUACGCUGAGGCCAUUGCAAACAUGCCUGCUUCCACUUUCUUUGCCAUCAUCUUUUUCCUGAUGUUGCUCACGCUGGGAUUAGACAGCACGUUUGCAGGACUAGAGGGAGUGAUUACUGGAGUACUGGAUGAAUUCCCACAUGUCUGGAGCAAACGCAGGGAAUUGUUUGUCCUUGGUCUGACCAUUGUUUGCUUUCUGGGGUCAUUAGCAACUUUGACAUUUGGAGGCGCGUAUGUGGUAAAGCUGUUUGAAGAAUACGCCACUGGUCCAGCUGUCCUAACUGUUGUGUUUCUGGAAGCAGUUGCAGUGGCCUGGUUCUAUGGCAUCACCCAGUUCUGCAACGAUGUGAAAGAAAUGCUAGGCUUUACCCCAGGCUGGUACUGGCGAGUCUGCUGGGUAGCAAUUAGUCCCAUCUUCCUUCUGUUUGUCACUUGCAGCUUUCUGUCCAACCCUCCUGAGCUACGGCUUUUUGAUUACAGUUAUCCCUACUGGACCACAGUAGUGGGUUAUUGCAUAGGAACCUCUUCUAUCAUCUGUAUUCCAAUCUACAUGGUUUAUCGGUUGAUCAUCACUCCAGGAACACUUAAGGAGCGUAUUCUGAAAAGCAUUACUCCAGAAACAGCUACAGAAAUUCCUUUUGGAGACAUCCGCAUGAAUGCAGUAUAAGCUAACCUGUUUUCUGGGGGGAGAGAAAGGGAGCACAAAAUGUAACUUCCCCCAUACUCUUCCCCCCGCCAAAGAAUUACAUUUCCAGCCAAGACAACAAAUGGAGGAGGUUUCUGUGGAGGUUGCAUCACUGACAACGGGCAUUUGGAAACAUAAUGCCUCCAGCACAUUAAUCCAAGCAAUUCAAUUAAAUCUACUGUGCACAUCUAACCAGACUGAACUGCCUGAGAACUAACUCACUCUGGAAACACGAGGAUGUCCGUGUGCAUGAGAAUACCGCUACUCCACGCCUGGGCACUGGGGCUGUUUGAAAGUGUGCAUGAUUGCAUAAGCCACUACAGGACGAGUAUCAGCGGGUAGGAUUAGGUGUAGAAUCCCAAGUCUGUGGCAGUACUCCUGUAUCUUCCUCAAUGUGAUCGUUUGUACUGGGCAAUGUCGUAUUCGCUUCUAAGGUUCUAAUUGCUUAAACUACAUUGAAAAAUACAAAAAUAUUUCCAAUAGCCAUACAUUACUCAAGUAACACAGGGUUUUAUAAAUUAGAAAAUAGUCAAUUCUUCAAUCCCUCAGUUUGUAGUGGAGUAGACAGAGGAAGAGGAAAUAAUCCUGAGCAGCACUAUAUACAGCUCUGCAUACAUUAGCAUACACAUUUGGUAGCAUUUCCUGCAUUUCGUAGAUGGUAAUAGUUUCUAUUGUUUCUUGCUUACAAAUACUACAAAAGCAUUUUUUGUAAUGUUGUAGGCUUCACUUUCCUUUAGUCCCAAUCAAGCCACAAAACCUCAUUAUGGCUUACUUGACAAGUACCUAAGUUGCUAGCACUUCCUAAACUGUUUUCAUAAGCUAGAUAUUCACAAAAUUAUUGUCCUGACAGACUGAACACACCCAAAGAAACUACAGACCAACAAUGAAUUUUUUUUUUUUUUAGUUCCAAUGCCAAAACCUAAAAAUCUUAAAGAUCUGCUUCUCUACUUCGCUUCAUUUUGUUUUGGGUUGGUUUUUUUUUUGGUUGGUUGUUGUUUUGUGGUUUUGUUUUGUUUAAUUUAAUUUCACACCUGAAAUUUGCUGGAGCCUGUGGCUUUUUCUAUUCUUUCCUAGUACACCACUGAAGUUUAGAAUAAUCCUUUUGGCUGGCUGACAAAAGUAUAUUUAACAAACUAUACAAACCUACUUUGAAGAUUUAUUAGCUCACAUUGUAAUGUGAACACAUUUGGUUUUCACUCUGAAGAAAAAAGGAGGGCAUUUAUUUUUCUUUUAAGAAGUUCAGCAGGAUUGAUUCUCAUCAGAACUAUUUAUAAUAAAUUUCGAGGCACUGAUAUGCAAAUUAACUUCCGUGCACAUACUAACCUCUCUAUAUUAUAUGCAUACACAUGCUCUUCAAAUGUAACUGCCCUUCAACCUGACUGCAACUGCCAAGUCAGUUGGCGGACAAGAGUUUUGCUGCAGUUACGUAGAAGCUUACGUAAACCUCAGUAGUUGUCAGUUAUGUAAAAACUUGCAUUGUAUUUUUACUCUACCACAUAGAUUAUAACAAAAGUAAAAUAAAAUAGAGGAUAAAAGUCUCUUUUGUAUCUCAUGGUCUACCUAGGUAACAUACUGCUAAAAUUAACAAGGUUAUAUAUGCAUUCAUAGCAGCAGGCAGUAAACCUCUUGAAGAGUUUACAUUGGUACAAAGAAUUUACCAUAUUAGAGGAAAGCAGGGAUGGUGUGUUUGCCUUUUGAAAUGUUUUCAUUGCUUCCGCCAAGGUUUUUCUCCCUUGGGUGUGCAGGCACCGCCUGGAAGGCCUCUUACACUUCAGCUAUUGACUUCAGUUCACUUAAGUCUCAAGCCCAACUUCAAAUAAGGAAAUAACUUAAAGGGACAAAGACUGUUCUUUUGGAACUACAAACAAAAGACUCCUAAACUCUUUUUAAAAAGGGAAUAUGUUCUUUCAUUGCCACUAGAAAAAAACCAUAAUAAAUCUCUCUUACUGGACAGUUACUCCAAAGAAAUAGUUUUGUAGCUUAGCCUCUAAGUAUUUGAAAACUAUUUCCAAAACUGGCUUCAUUGUGAGGAAAAGAGGAACAGCCUGGGAAUUCUUUUAAUAUUGGAAAGUUCUUUAGUUAUUAAGCUACCAAUCAGAAAAUUAGUGUUUUUAAAUAAAAGAAAUUUGUUAUGAAUUCAUUAAUUUAAAAAAUACAUGUGACACGUCAAUGUAAGAUGAACGAGGUACUCGUAUGUAUCCACUAUCAAGUGUGGGAAAUAAAGGAAAAAACCCUA